UUCGUUUGGGCCAGGACCCCCCUCCACUUCCGCUCUCGAUGGUUCCGCCCGGCACGGCUUCGCUCCGUCUUUGCGUCCUUGCAUCACUUCCGCCCCUGCGGUUGCCCCGCCGCCGGGAGGGGCGACCCCGCGGCGCGCAGGGGGCGGGGCCUCUUUGGCGAGCGGGCGGCGGCCAUGGCGGAGCCGCGGGUUCUGGUGAUCGACGGCCGCGGGCACCUCCUGGGCCGGCUGGCAGCGAUCGUGGCCAAGCAGGUGCUGCUGGGCCGCCGCGUGGUCGUGGUUCGCUGCGAGGGCAUCAACAUCUCCGGGAACUUCUACCGCAACAAACUGAAAUUCCUGGCGUUCCUGAGGAAGAGGAUGAACACCAAUCCCUCCCGGGGCCCGUUUCACUUCCGAGCCCCCAGCAGGAUCUUCUGGCGCACGGUCCGAGGGAUGUUGCCCCACAAGACCAAGCGGGGCCAGGCGGCCCUGGAGCGGCUCAAGGUGUUCGAUGGGAUCCCCCCGCCCUACGACAAGCGGAAGCGGAUGGUGGUGCCAGCUGCUCUCAAAAUCAUCCGGCUCAAACCCACGCGCAAGUUUGCUGUACUGGGCCGGCUGGCGCAUGAGGUGGGCUGGAAGUACCGGGAUGUGACGGAAGCACUGGAGGAGAAAAGGAAGGAGAAGGCGAAGCUUCGGUACAACAAAAAGAGGAAGAUGAUGAGCCUGCGGCGCAGGGCCGAGCGCAACGCGGAGAAGAAGGCGGCGCCGUUCACGGCGGUGCUUCGGCAGCACGGGCUCCUGCUGUAAUAAACCCAAAUGGGACAAACUGGGACAAAC